UUUGCCGGAAGGGAUCGCGGCUGAUAUGGCGGAGGACCCGCAGGGCGGCGGUGCGGGUGGUAUGCAGCACCCAGUCCCUAGUGCGAGCCACGGCAACUUCCCAGAGUACGAGCUUCCGGAGCUGCACACCCGGGAGUUCCACGUGGGUUCCUUUGGGGAGCUGUGGCGCGCCCGGCUCGGGACCCGGGAUUUGUCGCUGAGCGAGCCCCAGGUAGCCGCGCAGCCGGCGGACGGAGGGACGUCGGACAACGGCUUGGAGGAUGCUGCGGUGGCCGGGGAUCUGGGCUGCAGUCUGGAGGCGGCCGCAGAGCUAAAGGUCGUGUGCGGCCUUGAUAAACUGAGAUGCCUCAAAGAAAGUGAAGACCCAGAAGUCAUCCCAGAGAACACUGACCUAGUGACUUUAUGUGUUCGGAAGGGGCUCUUGGACUAUCGGGAAGAAAACAUCACGAUAGACCGCGCCUGUAGACAAGAAACAUUUGCUUAUGAAAUGGAAUCUCAUGCACUUGGGAAAAAACCUGAGAAUCCAGAAGACAUGAUUGAAGAAGGGGAGCUUAUCCUAUCUGUGAACAUCUUGUACCCUGUUAUAUUUAACAAGCACAGAGAACACAAACCGUACCAGACAAUGUUGGUAUUGGGCAGUCAGAAGCUCACCGAACUGAGGGAUUCAAUUCGCUGUGUCAGUGACCUCCAGAUUGGUGGAGAAUUCAGUAGUACUCCAGACCAGGCCCCUGAGCACAUCAGCAAAGACCUAUACAAAUCAGCUUUUUUUUAUUUUGAAGGAACCUUUUACAAUGACAAAAGAUACCCAGAAUGCAGAGACUUAAGCAGAACUAUUAUAGAGUGGUCAGAGUCCCAUGAUCGAGGAUAUGGAAAAUUUCAGACUGCUAAAAUGGAAGAUUUCACAUUUAAUGACUUGAAUAUUAAACUUGGCUUUCCUUACUUAUACUGUCACCAGGGAGAUUGUGAACACGUUGUUGUUAUUACAGACAUAAGGCUUGUGCAUCAUGAUGACUGCUUGGAUAGAACACUUUAUCCUCUUCUUACCAAGAAACACUGGCUAUGGACCAGAAAAUGUUUUGUUUGCAAGAUGUAUACAGCCAGAUGGGUGACGAACAAUGACACCUUUGCACCGGAGGAUCCAUGUUUCUUUUGUGAUGUUUGCUUCAGGAUGCUCCACUAUGAUUCCGAAGGCAACAAACUAGGGGAAUUCCUUGCUUAUCCUUAUGUCGACCCAGGAACCUUUAAUUAGUACCACCAAAAAACGUUUUUUCCCCUACUAAAGUUUAGUUAAUAAUAUUUAUUACUUAUUACACAGUGUUUUGUGUUCUGGCUUUUAAUUAAGUUGUUUAUGUUACUGAGAUGUAGAAAUACUUUUGUAUUCUGAAUAUAUAAACUUUGUUGGAAACACAA